GUGCUUCCGUUGCUUCUUCCAACAGUAACAAAACUAAACUACAGCCACACUCCUAAGACAGUCAAACCACCAAAGGUAUAGAGAUAACCUCCAUGAGCGCAUAAUCCAAAAUCACCAUGGGAGCACCAUAGAAGAUACCCCGAUCAAAUUAUCUUCCCAAAGCGGAUCAGGAUUAUAAAGUUCAUCGUCUGCCGGUUCAAUUUCUAUAUGUAAGACUGCUACUUCUGGCCCUACACAUCUCUCAAUUUUCAUUGGGCAAACUUUCUGCCAUUUCUGCCUAAAGCCCAUAAAUGCUAGGUAUUUAAUUUUAUUAUUCUAUAUUUGUAUAUGCAUAGCUAGGUUACACAGAAGAUAGACUGCAAAUGUUAUUGCUCUAUACUGUAUGUGUGUGUGGGGGGGUAUUAGUUACUUUGGUUAAAGCCAAGAUUUAUGUGUACUGUACAAUAUGUGUAUAAAAUAUUAAUGUAGUAGUCUUGUGUUUUCAUAUAUAAUGGUUGCCUUGCUACCUACUAUAACAUGCUCAACAAUCUUGUAGAUAUUUAAAUUUAAGAUUAUUUAAGAAUUAUACUGUUGGCUAAAAUUUUACUAAUGAAUUGUUUUCUUUGCAGUACAUCAUGCAGAUCUUCGUGAAAACCCUCACUGGAAAGACUAUUACUCUUGAAGUAGAACCUUCAGACACCAUUGAAAAUGUAAAGGCAAAAAUUCAGGAUAAGGAAGGCAUCCCCCCAGACCAGCAGAGAUUGAUCUUUGCUGGUAAGCAGUUGGAGGAUUGUCGCAUUCUUUCUGACUACAAUAUCCAGAAGGAAUCUACACUCCAUUUGGUAUUGCGUCUUAGAGGAGGAAUGCAGAUCUUUGUGAAAUUUACAGGAAAGAUUACCCUAGAAGUAGAACCUUCAGACACCAUUGAAAAUGUAAAGGCCAAAAUUCAGGAUAGGGAAGGCACCCCCCCAAACCAGCAGAAAUUGAUCUUUGCUGGUAAGCAGUUGGAGGAUUGUCGCAUUCUUUCCGACUGCAAUAUCCAGAAGGAAUCUACACUGCAACUUAUUAGAGAAGGAAAAGAAAACAACAUCUUUGUGAAAACCCUUACCCUUACAGGAGAGACCAUUAUUCUAGAAUUAGAAUCUUCACACGAUAUCACAUUCCCCCCUUUGUUAUUGUUGCGUCAUAGAGGAAUGCAGAUCUUUAUGAAAAAAUAAAGUAUUCCGGAUGAAAUGUUCAAAUUUCCUUUAAUGUAUGGAAUGGAAAAGAUUUAAUCACAUUGUUAUUAUUUUAACCGAACCCAAA